AUGGGAAGCGACUUGCGGCUUGCUCAGUAUGGAGCUGGUCGACGGACGUGUCCCGGGAAGGCGCUGGGUUUUGCAACCGUCGUCUUUUGGGUCGGGACGUUGUUGCACGAGUUUGAGUGGGUUAACGGUUCGGAGUCCGACCCGGUGGAUAUGUCCGAGAAAUUGAGGUUGUCGUGCGAAAUGGCGAAUCCACUUAUGGUGAAGGCGAGACCAAGGAGAUAG